UCAGAGUUACUAUGAGAAAAUAUAAUCUGCACAACGUUCAGAGGCAGCGCGCUCAUGCGGAGAAAAUGUAAAGUACAGAAUAAGUUUUAAAAAUGUACGGUUUAUAUUUUGAUGAAGAUCGUAUACACGUGGUUCAAAUUUUGUUUAUCGUGUUGUGAUCGUGUUAUGACUCAAAAUGCCUACAAAUUGUGUAAUAAAUAAUUGUAAUUCGGGUAGUCGUGAGCAAAUUAAAUCGCAAGUAUAUCGAAGUUUUUUUUCACCACAAACGGAUGAAAUAUUACGUAUUUGGUCUGAUGCCGUUGCAUCAUAUACGACAAAACCAUUGACGAAAAAUAAAAAAAUUUGCGAUUUGCAUUUUCGAGAUGAAGACAUUGAAAGAGAUUUUGUUACAAAAUUAAAAGAUGGCACAAUUCAUAGAAUACCACGAAAAAAACCAUUGCUAAAACCACAUGCUGUGCCAGUUUUUUUCCCAAAUAUUUCAAUUCAACUUUUAAAAAGUCAACAAAUUUCAUACGGCUGGAAAGACCUUUUAUUAGAAUGUAAUGGUAGUGAAAACCAGAAGUACCACAUUAUUAAAAAGCAUUGCGACCUUGUGCCUUUACCGUCUAAAUUAUGGACUGUAUAUAAUUGUGCGGAAAAUUUCAUUGCUUGGAUUGGAAUUUGUGAGGAUGAAGCUCACACUACAAAGCGAGUAAUAUUACUACCAGACAUGAGAGUGCAAGUAAGUUUCUUAGAUUUUAUAAUUGGCGAAAAGGAAGUGCAAGUUCCACGUGAAGCAAUUUCUAAUGUGGACGAAAUUCCGAAGUUACUUGAAGUAACUUCGAAAUUGUUACCUUGUCAAACAGAAUGCACUGAAAGGUCAAAAAAAUGUAUGGGUUAG